CAGCUACCAGAUUUCCUCUCACAUACCUGUAGUGUUCUUAGCAUGGUGACAAUUGGUUACAUUUAUAUUAUGCACAGUUUGUUUACUUGGAGAGAAACUACAGCUUCAAGAAGAAAUACUGUAAGGGUAUGUACUAAAAUAUGGGCACUGGGGCAUCUAAAAGGCAAACAGCUGAGAAGCAUAUCAUAAAAGCUACUGAAGAGAGGCCAUCUGUCAUACAAAAUGGUUCGGCAUCUACUCUCCCUGAUAACACUUCAAUUGGGAAGCAGAGGACUCAGUCAAAGGACGAGGAGAUAGCAGAAGACAUUGAACAGAUGGUACAAAGUGUUUGUAGGCCUGCAGAGAAUACAGAGGAAAAGUCUACGAUGCAGAGAACACUGGAAGCUGAAGAUGUGUCAAUGACCUUUGAGAGCUUUUUACACAAAAAUGGAACACUUUAUACAUGUUUCACUCAGAAUGGAACUAGACUGUACUUUGAUGAUGAAAAGGGCAUUGUGCCAUUUCCUGAAGAACUCUAUAGCCAAGGAAAAUUCAUUCACCAAGAAAAUGAGCCAGACAAGACACCUGGAAACAUCAAAGAAGACAAUAAUGGUUUUCCAAGCUACUUGGAAAGUGAACGUACCAGUUCAAUAUACAUACCUGGAAAAGGAAUGGUUAUGACUUACAUAUUUGAGGAAAGGACAAAUGUUUGCAAAUACUUUGACAGUGAUUCUGGUGCCUGGCUUAUUUUACCAAUGCUUUGGGAAAUGAACUUGGAUUUUAUCACACAGCGUGUGCAGCAAGUGAAGGAGGCAUUACCUUCCAUAAUGGACUAUAAAGAAAUCCUUGCUGCUCUUAGACUAAGUAAUUAUGAUCCUGAUGAAGUCAUUUCAGUGUUCUAUGCAAUAUUUGGCGAUAGCGUGGCUGAUACCAUAACCGGACAGGAAAAUGUUGAAUCAGUAGUUCUUACUCGGAAUUUAUAUGAAAAGGAAAAAGAGAUUGAAAAUGUAAGUAAAAAGUUGAAAGAACGAGAUCAAGAACUUGAAAGUUUGCGCUCAAAAUGUAAGUACCUUGAGGAAGAAAAAGAACACCUUAUUCAUCGGACUGAGAGUUUACAUGACAGAGUAGAACAGUUACAAGUUGAACACGAAAAGUGUCUAAAUGAAUUAUCUGCCCUGUCUGAAAUUCAGAGGGAAAAUGUACAAGCCCCAACUCCGAUUCAAAGCUCUAUACCGCUGAAAAUAGAAGUACUGAGAAAACUGCUACGAGAAGCUAGAGAUCUUAACUUUUACAACCACCAGUUACGAAUUGAUACAAAAAGCGACCUAUUAGACAUCGGACAGCACUUGACCCGUCUGCGGAGUACAAUGGAAAACAUGAAGAAAUCAAACCAUGAACUUGAGGAAAUCCGUGCCUUGUACCAGCGAGAAUCUCUAGAGCGGAAGUUACUGUAUAAUCAGCUUCAAGAACUUCGUGGAAACAUUCGCGUCUUUUGCCGGUGCAGGAGAGAUGAUGGAAAAGGAGAACAUCUAGAAUUUCCUUCUAAUGAAGAAAUCCUGGUUAAUCACAAUGGAAGCAAAAAGAAGUUCAGAUUUGACAAGGUGUUUGAACCACAAUGUACUCAGGAAGAUGUUUUUGAAGGAACUUUGCCUAUUAUAAGAUCCUGUGUGGAUGGCUAUAAUGUGUGUAUCCUGGCCUAUGGGCAAACAGGCUCUGGAAAGACUUACACCAUGAUGGGAAAUGAGGAAAAACCAGGAGUCAAUAUAAGGUCCAUCAGGGAGCUAUUGCGUAUUUGUCAAGGAAGAGAGAGAAUUAAAUAUACGAUAAAGAUUUCAAUGGUUGAGAUUUACAAUGAAACUGUAUGGGAUUUGCUCUCACAAAAUGGAAACACACAGCUGGAGAUCAGAUCACAGGGGAAACUUGUGACUCUGCUGGGGUUAACAGAAAUGGAGGUCUCUACAGAAGAUGACAUCAAAAAGACAAUGUCAUUUGGUGAAAAGAAUAGAACAGUUGCAUCAACCAAGAUGAAUACUGAAAGCUCCCGUUCUCAUCUGAUGGUGAUCAUGCGGGUAAACAGUGUUGACAGCAUUUCUGGUGUUGUGUCGUCAGCUACACUUACAUUGUGUGAUUUAGCUGGAUCAGAACGCAUUUCUAAAACAGAAGCUACAGGACAACGUUUGGUAGAGGCUGCGGCAAUCAAUAAAUCUUUGACUGCAUUAGGACAGGUGUUCGCAGCACUAAAGGGUAAUUCCCUGCAUGUCCCCUACAGGAACUCUAAACUUACCCAUCUCCUCCAGCCGUCACUCAGUGGUCAUGCAAAGGCAUGUGUUUUCGUGAAUAUUAGCCCUGAUAUAAAGGAUUUUGCAGAAACUUUAAGCUCGCUUCAGUUUGGUUCAUCAAUCCAGCAAAUAGCACUCGGCAAACCCAUGCAGAACUCCGUGAAGCCUGCUCACUGACGAGGAAAAGAGAAGUA